AUGCGCAAGGUCAACAUGAUGGUGAGGAGAUCCGGGGCACCUCCGAGCUCGGCUUCCGCAUGGGCUUCACCCACCUCGAGCCCCGCGGCAACCGCAGCAGCAGCGUGGUGGCGCAGGAUCGGCCUGGUUCGUGGGCGGCGGCUGCGCCUACCAUCGGCGCGGCGCGGUCCUCCCCGCCCUGGCGAUCCGGCCGGUCGAGAGGGACCUUCUGAGGGCGGAGGCGCGCCGCCAGCGAGGGCGGAGGGCGGCGGCGCGGCGCCCGCGGCGGCUGCGCGCGACGAGGACAGGUAUCUAUUCUUGCCGGAGGGUCUGCGCAAGGACGACCGUGUCGCCUUGCUGGUCGAGUGGAGUGGAGAUCUUUCCGUCUACGUCAACGGCGAGUUGGUCGGGCGCUGCCCCGAGGUCAUGGAGCCGCACGAGGUGGCGCGGCCACUCUACGGGCUGGUGGAUCUGUACUCCCGCGACGGCACCGAGGAGCACGCCGUGCGCGUCGUGUCGCUGUGCAAGAGAUGCAAGUCCGCAGCCUUCUCCUCAGAGGCCGAGACCAAAGAAAGGCAGUGCAUGGCCGAUCUGCUGAGGGUCAACAAGCUCAUGCACAAGCCGGAGGGGGUCGCCGUAGGCCCGCCCUGCGACGUCUACGCAAGCGCGCGCAUCGUGCAGCAGUGCUUCCUGGGCGGCGGCGAGGUGGAGCUGCCGCCCGCGCAGAUCUUCUUCGAGGUCGCCCUGGCCGUCUGGAUCAUCGAGGGGUGCCCUGCCACGGAGCGCUGCCACGACCUGCUGAUGGCCAUCCGGAAGCUCCAGACCGACACGCACGAAGACCUGAGCCAGAUCGAGUUUGCGCCGGUCCAGCACGUGCUGAGCAGCGCGCUCUCCAGGGCCGGCGCGGGGUCCCAGGCUCGGAUCUCCACCUGCGCCGAGUUCGCGGAGCUGCUGAGCAAGGCGACCGGCUGGGCCGAGAUGUCGAGCCACUUCCUGAGCUCGCACGAGCGGGCGCUGGAGCGCACGGAGCUCCGCAGCUCCACCGAGCAGCACUACCAGCACGCCGUCGCGAGGAGCCCCGGCACCAAUCGGCUGGGGAUGAUGGCGUCCCAGAACUCCAGCGGGGGCUCGGCGCUGUCAUCGCCCGGCUGGGCACCAGAAGCGGGCGCGGGUGGGCAGCUUCCAGAGGCAGCGGACUGGUUCCGCCUCGGGGAGACGGCAAGGCUCUUGCAAGGAGGCCUGGCCGCCGUCGCCGCGGAGGGAAAGCGCGGGGUCUGCCUCUGGGACCUGAGGAAGCAUGCCCUGGGGUGCCUGCACAUCAGGCGGAUCGUGCAGGUCCUCGCGAGCUUCGGCAGCAUCCAGGCGGUGGCGCUGUCGCGCCUGUCCGACCAGGUGUCGGACGACGACCAGGUCGAGUUCCUCCGCUCCUUCAGCGAUCGCCUCGGCGCCAGGGCCGUGCCCGCGUCGGCGGCUGGCGCGGGAGAGGAGGCCGCCGACGGGGAGGAGCACGUCGAGGAGGCGCUGGCGGAGCGGGUACAGGACGAGCAGGCCAACGUCGAGGAGGGAGCCGUCGCGCUGCCGAUCCUCCUGCUGGACACGGUGAUACUGCCGACGAAGGCCUUGCCGGCGGACACCCUGCCCCUGCAGGAGCUGCUAGAGCGCCGGCUGCUGUGGCUGGCGCCGCACGCGGUGGAAGAGCUCGAUUUGGAGCCCAGGCCGCCGCCGGGCCACAAGCACGGAGGGCCGCUGCUCACGCUGGGCACCAGCCCGGGCGCGGUGCCCACGCUGGCGGGCGCCAUCGCGCGGAGCCUGUUGCUCACGAAGCUCAGCCUCCGCUCCAACGAGAUCGAGGACAAGGACGGCGUUCGGCUAGCGAUGGCCAUCCGAUUGUGCAACAGCCUUCGCAGCGUCGACCUCAGCAACAACAUGCUGAAAUCGGAGGCCGCGGCCGCUGUUGUGCAGGCGGCGGAGCAGUGCAGCAACCUGACGUCCCUGGACCUGAGCCGCAACCUCCUCGGCUGCGAGGGGGCGACGGCCCUGGCGGUGCCGCUGAUGGACUGCGGAUCUCUGACGGAGCUGAACCUCGCCUGUAACGGGAUCGGCGACACCGGCGCGAAAGAGCUGGCGGAUUCCCUACUGUCCAACAUAGCGCUGACGGAGCUGAACCUGGUGCAGAACAAGGAGGGGACCGAGGGCUAUCUUGCGGGAGGAAGUCAGGAAGGGGAGUGA